GCCAUGCGUACGCGUACCACGCUUUAUUAUUUCGCAUUCGCAGUACCGGCUAUUUUACUGAUUUUCCUCCCGCUUAGCGUGGUGUCAUAUGAUGAAUCUCCUUGGCAACCAGUGGUCUACGAUUACUAUCAGAUCGAUCUUAGCCAGUUAGGGGGUGAUCCAGGGGAGAAUUUGCAUUCGAGGUUCGAUUAUCACCAUGGGGGGACAAGUCACGUUCGAGGGCAUAAAGUAAAAACGCAAAGUGAUCGGGAUGUGAUUGUGGAUGUGGUUAAUAGUUUUGGGGUGAAAUUACUGGCGAUUCAUAAUGAGCAUAACGAAAACAAUAUCGCCCUUUCUCCCUAUGGGGCGUUUAGCGUACUUGCUGCGUUGUUGGAGGGUCUACAAGGCGAAGCAAUUCAUGAAAUUCUACACUCUACACAUAUACCUAAGGAUAAACAAGUAGUAAGAGUGGGACUCAGAGAUAUACAUCGACAUUUAAAGAGCUAUUUCAUCCCUGAAGAAGGUUUCUUAGCAGGUCUAACCUUAAACCUAAAUAAUGUAACUUUAAGAACCGAGUACGAAGACGUUCUUCACUUUUAUGGGUUUGACUAUGGAUCGUUCAAUAAUGCUUUGUAUCCAGAACCGCCCACCACAAAACAAUCAAUAGAAACUACUACGCUAGAAACUGGGUUAAGCAUUUCCGAAGAUUCAACCGUCGGACCAAGAAAUCAAACAACGAUCAUUUGUACCACUAUGACUAGUACGUACGCAACAGAACCAUCCAAAAUUGAUGAAUCCACAACCCAAAUAACUAUUCAAGCUAAAGUAGAAGAGACUACUACUUCUACUACUACUUUACUUGAAACAUUAUCAACAAUAGAGCAACCUGAAACAACCACAUCUACCUCUUUAAAAUCAACUACACCUUCAUCCACCACAUUAAACCUUGAAUUGACAACUACAACUGAGAUAAAUAAAGAACUAUCUACAACACCUGAAUCAAAAACCACUGCAAAAGAGCUGUUGGAUACCAUAGAAACCUCAAGGAUCACCACAACUCCAAAAGAAGAAAGCAGUACCACUAUAUUAACUGAUAGUCCAAUAAUUACUGCUAAAUCAGAAACAGUCAACACUAUAACGUCAGCUCCGACACCUAAAGAAACGUCUACACUGCAAGUAAGAACCUCAACUCUUCCUCCAGAAACAGUGGUGAGCACUGUUACGUCAGCGCCUAAAACUGAAGAAAUGUCUACACUGCCAGUAGGAACCUCAACUCUUCUUCCGGAAACAGUGAGCACUGUGACACCAGCUGUUACAACUGAAGAAAUGUCUACACUCCCUGUAAGAACCUCGACAUUUUCUUCAGAAGCAGUAACUUCUUCUAUAACGACAACGCAAGCCGCAAAAACGACUCUACCUACAUCGACAACUCCUGAAGAUAUUGUAACAACCACGCAAAUCACUAGAAGUUCAACCACACUUGAGGAUACAUCAAAUACUACUGUUAUUCAGGAAACGACUGUGGUAACACCCAUAGACGAAGAAAUUGUUUCUCAAGUGGUAAAUGGCAGUGAUAUCCAGAGUACUGCGCUAGGAGUUGAUAAUACUGCGAUGCCUCAGGGGUUUAUUGAUGAUAAUCAACAGGAUGUAGCGACUACCACUGCUAAUGCGUUUUUUGGUACUACACCAGAGUUUCAGGACAUGACGCCUGCAAAUCCCAAUUUUGAUUUCCAAAAUUACCAAUAUGACAACACUAACCAGCCUAUUUACGAUGACCUGAACAUGGUGGAUCAGAGUAACCCUCCAGAAGGUGCUACGCUGAAUGACAACUUUAAAAGACACGCAAGAUCAGUAGUGGACUACGUGAUAGCAAGAUUCUAUGACGAUCAUCCUCAUUAUCAACCACGGCAACCUCCUCAUUAUGAGGCAGACGAUCAAGUCACGUUUGCCGUAUAUGGAAAAUAUCGGGAAACGGGCGUUAAUUUUAUGAAAUACGAUACGGUCUUGCCAUAUUUUUACGUGAAGAAUUUGAACGCUUGGGCGCUAAGUUUUCCAUUGGAUAGCAGCAAGUACUACUUGCUACUUUUGCUGCCAAUUAGGGAUGAUGGUGUUGACAAGCUGAUUUGCGACUUGAGGUUGCAUGGCGAUCUUAGAUACAUCAUUGAAAAUCUACGAUUAACUCAUGUUGAGGCUACAAUCCCAAGUUUUACUUUAAAAGGUUAUGUGACGUUAACUCCUGCUUUGCAAAUCUUGGGUAUACGGAAAAUAUUUGAGCCAAGACAAGCAGACUUUAGUCCAAUGACGAAUGUGACUGACAUUUACGUCACUAAUAUUGAGCAAGCUGUAACUGUUACCAUACGUAACUACUUGGACCCAUCUGCGCAGAAUUAUAAAAACUUUCAGCAGUACCCUCCAGUACCAUUUAAAGCAGAUCACCCUUUUCUUUAUUUCGUCAUGGAUUCUGAAUUGAACGUCGCUUUAAUGGUGGGAAAAGUUGUAAAUCCGUUGAACUCCAGGAUUAGAUAGCUAUUAGAAGUUUUUUUUUAUUAUAAUAAUAAUUGUAUAAAUAUGUAAUAAAUUAUUUUGUACAAAA